AUGCCCUUCAUCCGCACCUUGCCAGACGGCAUCCAUACCCAUGUCGACAGAGAUGGCAGCAACAUCAGCUUCGGCCAGAAGCAACUCAUCAGCCUGGCUCGCAUGGUGAUUCGCCAGCCGCCGGUCCUUCUCCUGGAUGAGUGCACAUCGGCUCUGGACCCGGUCACCCAGGAGGCAGUGCAGAAGAGCAUCUUCCGCGACUUCCCCAGGACCACGAUCAUUGCCGUGGCACAUCAUCUUGAAACAAUCCUGGGCUUUGAGCAGAUCUGCGUUUUCCAUCAAGGGCACGUCGUCGAGAAAGGCACCGUGCGAGAACUCCGGUCGGCGGGCGGCGCGUUUGCAAAGAUGCUGCAGGCCAAAAGGAUGACGAAGCCUCGUCAUGAUCUGAAGCCUCCGACGGCCUAA